AUGGAACUUUUUGAUGUUCCUGUCACUGUUUCAAACCCAAUGUUAAGUUUCAAGAAUCAAAAAACCAAAAUUGUUAAGGAAUAUGUAUAUGUGAAAUGUGAUUGCAAGCGAAAAAGGGCGUAUGAAGUCACCAUUAUGGAUUUUUCGAGGGAGAUUAUGGUGGAAAUUCUUUCAAGAUUGACAAUCAAGCCUAUUUUCCGAUGUAAGACUGUUUGUAAAUGCUGGUAUAAUCUUUUAACUUCCGACCCUUUAUUUGUUAAGAUGUAUCAAACAAGAUCAUGUAAUUUCCCCUGCAUUUUGCUUUCGAAUGAUGACUCUAUUGCUUCAGUUCUUGAACUUAAAGCAGAUUAUGAUUACUAUUCCCGCCCGCGAAACAGACCUGUUAUGUUGACCCCUGAGUUUCACAUCCCUAAACAUAAAGAUCGAUUUGGUUAUAGUUUUGAUAGGAAAAAGUUGACAUUGAUUGGUUCAUGUAAUGGGUUGAUUUGUUUGUGGAGUGGUGAUAGGUAUGAUGAAAACUAUUCGAUUUAUAUUAGCAAUCCUCUUUUGGGUGAGUAUUUUAAGGUUAAAUUGCCUGAAUGGGAGAAAAGGGUUCGUCGUGUUGCUUAUACCUUGUGUUAUAGUGAAGGUUCUAGACAGUAUAAGGUAUUGAGGUCAGUGAUUAGAAAGUUUCGGGGUCGUCCUGAAGUGUCUGAAUUGGAGCUGAAGGAUGAUGAUGAUAUUAAAACAAGUGCUAGCAUUCACUCCUUUAAUCUUGUGACGGAAGAAGUGAAGCCUGUGCCAGUUCCACCUGGUUUGAAAACUCCUUCGUUGGGCUUGAGGCUAGCGGAGUUGGGGAAUUGUCUAUGUUUGACUGAUAGUUGCUCUUCUCAGCAUGUUGAUAUAUGGUGGAUGAAAGAGGAUGAUUCUUGGACUAAAGAUUGCAUUUUGACGAAUUCUAUUCCGCGUGAUAGCUGUAUUUCUGAUUUAAUACCAAUCAUAUUCUGGAAAGAUGGAGAAUCUUGA